AUGAUGCAGAAACGUUUUCGGAAAGUGAGGAAUGCUCUGGUGAGAGAGUGCAUGGCUGAGUUCUUGGGAACUUUCGUCUUACUGCUGUUCGGCUGCUCCGCUGCAGCUCAGGUGAAGACGAGUAGAGACACUAAAGGUCAGUUCCUGUCCGUCAACAUGGCCUUCUCUGUGGGUGUGAUGUCAGCGAUGUACCUCACCAAGGGCAUCUCAGGCGCUCAUCUGAAUCCAGCAGUGACUCUGAGUUUCUGUGUUCUGGGUCGGGUGCCCUGGGGACGGCUGGUGCCUUACAGCCUCUCCCAGCUCCUGGGGGCUUAUGUGGCAUCGGGGCUUGUCUAUCUGGUGUACUAUGAUGCUAUAAUGGAUUUCAGUGGAGGAGUGUUGACUGUACAAGGCCUAAAUGAGACUGCAUCUAUCUUUGCCACUUAUCCCUCGGAGUUCAUAAGUUUGGGAAGAAGUUUUCUGGACCAGAUAGUGGGCACAGGUAUGCUCAUGUUGUGCAUCCUGUGCUUGGAUGAAAAGAGGAAUACUCCCGCUCCCACAGAGCUGAUUCCUCCCAUAGUAGCCGUGAUUGUCCUGGGAAUCUCCAUGUCAAUGUCUGCUAACUGUGGUGCUGCAAUAAACCCAGCUCGAGAUCUGGGGCCACGUCUCUUUACUCUGACUGCAGGCUGGGGAACUGAGGUCUUCACGUGUUACAACUACUGGUUCUGGGUGCCACUGGUGGCCCCACCCAUCGGGGGUGUAAUAGGAUCUUUAAUGUAUUUGGUCUUCAUUGACUGGCACCUGCCCGACCCGGACCCUCCUGAGAGUCUCUCCACUCUCUCCACCAUCAGUGACAAAAUCAAUCUACCUUGCACCACAUGGGAAAAUGGAGCAGUGUUAAAGGCUGCACAUUUAUAAACGUUACUGUAAAUAUUUCCUUCAUGUCAAAGCUGCUUUGCAACUGUUGAGGUGCACAAACAUAUCUUAUAAUCGUCUGUUAGCAAUAAAACGUCAUAUCUAUAUUAUGAAUACUGU